CAUUUGUUGUUGCUCGCCAGGGCGAAUUCGAACUCGAAGCGCAGUAAUCAACGCGCUGCUCGUGGAUUUUUUUUGCAUUUUUUUGAGUUCAAAUAGUUCGUUAAUAAGAGUGGCGGUCAACGAUACUAUUCCACUUGCAAUCGAAAUAUGAAUAGUUGAAAGUGAUAAACAACAAGAAAGAAGCGACGCCAACGGGCGAAAAAGGAGAUAACCGAAAACGAAAAACACGACAAAAGCAACGUUAAAAGAGAGUAACAGAAAAGAUAUAAAAACGAUGAUCGAACCGUAAAUUUAAAACCAUGCAAUCUACAGCGCAUAAUAUAUAAUAAUUUGACCAAAACAAAUGCCAAGUUUGCGAGCGAGAGCGAAGAACGUUAAAAAAAGAAGUAAAUAAAUGAUCUUGGCCCGCUGUUUGUUGUUCUUGUUAUUAUGGUUGCCGUUGUUGUAACUCGUUUUUUUUAAUGCGCGCGUGUAUGAAUCACACAAACACAACAAAACAAACAAUAACAACGAUGCCUUACGGUGAAAUAUGCUAAGUAAAUAGCAAAAGAGAGUUCCAGUUUCCAGAGAGCGACAGAGAGGGAGAGCGCGCGAGAGCGACUACAAGUACAUACUGGAAAGCGAUCCCGAUCCUUUUUCCAGGCACGCAGCCAUCUCGCUCGCACCCAUGCCGCCCUAGACCAACUUUUGUUGCAGCUGCCUAACAACCAACAAUACAGCAACAACAAGCGCACUGUGCACGCGAAAGGAGCAACAAGGAUGGCGAUAGCUGGAAAGCGACGACGAUGAUGAUGAUGCGGUCGUAACAACAACAGCAACAAGAACAACAAAAAGCUGCUGCAGGCAGACGAGCAUAGCGUUAAAAAAAAGUAGCUGCAUACAAAAUAGUAAUAGGAAAAAAUCCGAAAAAUUCGAGAAAAAAAUAAGUUAAAGAAACGAUCGCCCAAUUUAAUCAAGUGCAUAUAUGUGUGUGCAAAAUAAAAAGUGCAUUGCAGCAGUCAAAAAUACAUACUUAUUAUCGCAGAUCGAAGACGAUAAUAGUUAUUGUUAACACGAAAAGUACGAAAUGAAGGUCACCGUCUGCUUCGGCGACGUUCGCAUUCUGGUUCCCUGUGGUUCCGGCGAACUCCUCGUCCGCGAUCUCGUCAAGGAGGCCACGCGACGCUACAUCAAGGCGGCCGGCAAGGUAAGAUAACAGCUAGUUAAUUGAAACAAAAGUUGGUGGGGCACUGCGAACAGGUAUGCCGUAUGGAUGACCCACUUGAACGAGCAUUUAUUUCCACUGACAAAUGAAAUGCAAGCACCGAGCUGACACAUGCCAUGGGUGCAGUGAGUCGUAGUUGAGUACUAGUUUCAGAAUGCAGAGAUUCCAGUCUAAAUGUAUGCUUGCACCAAACUAAACUAGGCAGGGCUCCCAAUCUUAUCAGCCCAACCAACCCAACCAAUCGAUGCAUGUUGCAAGCGCAACAACCUCCCGAAAAAAAAAAAACAAAAUCAACAAAAUACCUAACACUCGAGGGGGAAACAACAAACGUUAUUGGGGUAAAUGGGACAGCGGGGAAACCAAACAAAUGCCAAAAACUAAUAAAUUAUUUAUAAUUAUUUAUGUCCGGGGACGAGGAGCAGAAACAACAAAAAACAAAGGUCAAAGACAAUAGAUUCAGAACUAAUAUGUUUCAUAGGAAAAGAAAAGUACGAACGAUCUGUCUACAGAAACUUACAUUUUAUACAUACAUACAUUUUACUCACUAUUUUACACAGUUCACCAACACGCCAACUGGUUUCGGCGGAUGUUUCUUGAAUGUAGUUCGAUAGUUAGGUGUCUAGAUGUCGCUGUUAACUUGAGCACUGUACGAUCAUCAAAGUAUAUUUGCAAAAUCAAACAAAAGUAUCGCAGGUCGAAUAAUAUUGAUUUAAUUGAUGUCGCUUUGUUUUUUUUAUUAUUUUAUAAUAUUGCUGCAACUGUUAUCGUUCGUAAGCUACAGUUUUAUGGCGAUUGUAUGAUCAUUUCCGUUAAAGGUCGUUCUCGAAGUAAAAUUAUAAACUAGAUGGCGCCAAUUGAGUGACUGAUUUGAGUUGAAAUUAAAAUUGAAAUCAAUUGGUAAGAACUUCUUACUCCUCUUACUAAGAAGAGAUGGCGACCUUGGGGUCAUCGAAGCGCAACAAUUACAACCUGCUACCCACUUCUGCACCUCUUUUGAUUUUGACCGACUGCAGAACAAAACAAAACCGAAAUAAUCGAAACGGAACGGGAAACAAAUCAAAACACUCGAAAAGCCAUCGAAAAUUGGGUGAAAUGGUGAACGAACUUAACAUUUUUUUGCGCCUGCAUCUGUGUUCGUCUAAAUCUAUUGUUUAAACACACACUCGCGCCAUAAAGCCCAGAUGCUGAAGACAAUGGACCAGUCGAGCAACUUUGUCUUAAGCACGCAAAACUGUGAAAAAAUAACAAAAAAAAAAAAAAAAAAAAAAAAAAAACGAGACCAGCUGCUCGAAAACAGCUGAGAAGUUUUCAAUAACGAAACCACACACUUUUCAGUUACAGAGAAAAAAGUUUUAAGCAUUGGAUAAACAUUGGAUUAUGGUGCUCUUCCUAUGAAUUUCGUCGAGCUAAUCCUAAUAUCUUGCAAAUGUAUCAGAUUAUAUUUCGUGUUUUAUUAUAACAUUAAGUUUUUCUCUGUGCACCUCGUUAUAUAUUUUCCCAACUCCCGGCGACUUAUUGCUCAUUAGUUGUUGUGUGCUCGCAUUUUGGCUGAUGACAACGUUUUUUUUUGUUUGUUUUGUUUAAAGCCAAACGGAAGUUUUGGUUGCCUAAAGUUUUACAGUCACUGGCCGAACAAUGGGAAUUUGUAAAUGAAUGAAUGAUGGAGCCAAAGAAAGGCAAAGAUCUAAUUGCUCAAGAACGGAAACUUACGACUUGAUUGAUGACUCACCUGAUUGAGUGGUGAGCGGACUAAGAUAAACUUGUGCGAAAUGAAUUAAUUAAGUGCAGCCAGAGCCUGAUGAGCUUCAAAUCACACAAAACUGACAACUCACUCUUUCUCUUCAUUUGGUCAGAUGCAUAAUUAUGUCGCUAAUGGUGCCAACAAAUCGGGUACAGUGAACACUAGACAGCGAGUACAAGAUCUAGUACCUAGAGAAAUCGAAUAGAAAAUAAGACAUUAUCUAUCACAUUGAAAUUGAAAUGCCAAACCAAUGCAUUACAAAAUUUAAACAUACAUAUAAGUAUGUACCUACCAUAUAACUUAAAAUACUGUACUAUAAUAAGUCCAGCAACAAAUUGAAUUUAUGUAUUUAUUUUUUCCGCUCUUUCGUUUCUCUCAUUAAUUAUGCGAAUGUUGUCCAGUUUUUCCUUCUCAUUUGCAGUUGUUGUUUUGCUUGUGGAAAAGGAAGCUUUCCAGUUCGUUUGGUUUCAUAGCGCGAGAAUUUCAGCUGAAAAGCGGAAUAAAUGCCUAGCUAACUAACAAUUGCAAAUGCACUUGAAGGCCAGGCCAUUGUGGUAGUUGUUGUUGUUGCUGAUGGUGAUGUGGUGAUGUUUUGGUCCCAGAAUAAGUGGAAAAAGGAAACAGCUAAUGAUGAUGAUUACCAUCCGACCAUCGUCAUUAUCAGGCGUCGCCGACAUCGUCGUCAAUCGUUGGCAUGGCAUUCUGUGUCUAGUUCGCCUUGCCUCACCUUCCUGCCACCAACAACAACAGCAAGUACACCGCUUAACAAUGCCAACGACGUCCUGGCGUCAACUCUGCGUUUCCCUGCCUUUUGUUUGAAGUCAACCCCUCCUCACACUCCUCCCGCCCAUUCCACUUAAAUUUGCAUUCAGCGCCGCCCAGGAAGGGCGGGUAUAUGGACUAUGGCAUCGCACAGGUUACUUCGCUGGAUAUAACUGAAAUAUCUGUAAUUUCGGGGUUUUAGCUUGAAGAUCCGUUUUUGCAACACACUGAACGUCCUAUACGUAAAUUUGCUAUUUUUCCAAGAAAUAUGGUAUCGUCCCAUAAUGUAUUAGGGCCUAGCAUGAAAACGUAAAUAAUAUUGGAAUUUAUGUAUUUAAUCCAGCAGUUCUUGGGAAAAAUUAGUGAGAGAGUUUGAUGUUAAUCUGAUUUUUAAUUUAACAAUUUGUAUUUGUAUUAUUGAUUAAUUUUUUUGAUUUUUCUGCGCAUAGGCCGUUUUUAUAAUACGAUAUAUCCAUCCGCAUUCUGGGCACUUGUUGCUUCUAAUUUCGUUGUUGUUGAUGGUUGUUGCAUCCCCUUUUCCUGCUGCUUUUUUUUGUUCUGCGCAUUUGAGUUUGCGUUCCGCUUGACAAAGUUCUUUGUGUUUGUUGUUGUUCUCCUUGCCCGGUGGUCAGUCGCAAGCAGUUUGAGAGCCACUGCAACCGCCUGCACUUGCCAAAGCCAAACGCAGGUGAAAAGGGAGAGAGAGAGAUAGCGAGAGAGAAUGGUUAUGCUCUCUCAACACACUGAAAAAAUGAAUUUGAAAUGCUUAUAUUUUUAUUUCAAAAUAAUGCUAGUUUUAAUUGUAUUCUGCUACAUUGUUAAUUUAGUUAUGUUUUUGUAUAUACAUUUUAUUGGCUUGUAUUCUUAGAGAUCUUUUAUUAAUAUAUGCAACUUACUUACGCGUUAUUCUUCCGAGUGCACGCGAUCUUGCGCUCUCUCUCUCGCUCUUUCUCUUCAGCGGCUGCGAUUGGUGUGUGAGUGCCGUGAGUGUUUUGUUUUUGCGGCCGCACUUCACUUCGCUUUAGAAAUGCGUCGUCGUCGGACGUCGCCGUCGCUGGCCGCCGCCGUCGGUACCGCAAUUGUUUAACACAAUUAUUUUAACGCGGUGAAAUGUUCCUCAAAUCGAAAUUGGUCGGCAGUUAGAAGGAAAAGCCAACGAAAAGCGAACAAUAAAACAAAACGGAGAGAAUCAAUCGAAAUAUAUUUAACAAAAUAACCAAUCAGCAUAUACCAAAGAUCGCAUUUCGAUCAUGUUCGACGUACCGCCAAAGUGUCCUGCGUUGGCCAACAAGCUGGGCGGUCUCUUUGGGUGGCGACACACCUACAAGGUGGCCGCCAAGCAGGAGGGGAUUCCCCAUGGGCAGCUACACAAGUCCUACUCCCUCACGCUGCCCAAGCGACCGCCUUCGCCAUCGACCUAUUCGUGUGUGAAGCCCGAUUCCUGGGUGACCGUGACGCAUCUCCAGACACAGUCGGGCAUCCUCGAUCCGGAUGAUUGUGUCCGCGACGUGGCCGACGAUCGGGAGCAGAUAUUGGCGCACUUUGAUGACCCAGGACCCGAUCCAGGAGUUCCGCAAGGAGGCGGAGAUGGAGCAUCGGGCAGUUCGUCCGUUGGCACCGGUUCGCCGGACAUCUUUCGCGAUCCCACCAACACGGAGGCGCCCACCUGUCCGCGGGAUCUCUCCACGCCACACAUCGAGGUCACCAGCACCACAUCGGGACCGAUGGCUGGACUCGGAGUUGGACUGAUGGUGCGUCGCAGCAGUGAUCCCAAUCUGCUGGCCUCGCUGAAGGCAGAGGGCAGUAACAAACGCUGGUCGGCGGCGGCUCCCCACUACGCUGGCGGGGAUUCGCCGGAGCGCCUGUUUCUUGACAAGGCCGGUGGCCAGUUAUCGCCACAGUGGGAGGAGGACGACGAUCCCAGUCAUCAGCUAAAGGAACAGCUGCUACAUCAACAGCAGCCCCAUGCUGCUAAUGGAGGCUCCUCCUCCGGUAACCAUCAGCCGUUUGCCCGAUCCGGUCGCCUGUCGAUGCAAUUUCUUGGCGAUGGCAAUGGCUACAAGUGGAUGGAGGCAGCCGAGAAACUUCAGAAUCAGCCGCCAGCCCAGCAGACAUAUCAGCAGGGUUCUCAUCAUGCUGGUCAUGGUCAAAACGGUGCCUACUCCAGCAAGUCCUUGCCCAGGGAGAGCAAGCGAAAGGAGCCCUUGGGACAGGCAUAUGAAUCCAUCAGGGAGAAGGAUGGUGAAAUGCUGCUGAUCAUCAACGAGUACGGCAGUCCGCUGGGACUAACUGCUCUGCCGGACAAGGAGCAUGGCGGUGGACUGUUGGUGCAACAUGUGGAGCCGGGCAGCCGAGCCGAGAGAGGACGACUGCGUCGUGAUGAUCGCAUCUUGGAGAUCAAUGGAAUCAAGCUAAUAGGACUCACCGAAUCGCAGGUUCAGGAGCAACUGCGGCGGGCUUUGGAGAGCUCAGAGUUGAGAGUUCGAGUGCUGCGCGGUGAUCGCAAUCGCCGCCAACAGCGUGACUCUAAGGUGGCCGAGAUGGUGGAGGUGGCUACGGUGUCACCCACCCGCAAACCACAUGCUGCUCCGGUGGGCACCUCGCUGCAGGUGGCCAAUACCCGUAAACUGGGCAGGAAAAUCGAAAUUAUGCUCAAGAAGGGACCCAACGGUCUGGGCUUUUCGGUCACAACACGCGAUAAUCCCGCCGGUGGCCACUGUCCCAUCUACAUCAAGAAUAUCCUGCCACGAGGUGCGGCCAUCGAGGAUGGACGCCUGAAGCCCGGCGAUCGUUUGCUCGAGGUGGAUGGCACUCCAAUGACUGGUAAAACACAAACGGAUGUGGUGGCAAUCUUGAGGGGCAUGCCAGCGGGAGCAACCGUAAGGAUUGUGGUCUCCCGCCAGCAGGAGUUGGCGGAGCAGGCUGACCAGCCGGCGGAGAAAAGUGCUGGUGUGGCGGUGGCGCCCUCAGUUGCUCCACCAGCUGUUCCUGCAGCUGCAGCUCCAGCGCCUCCCAUUCCGGUACAAAAAUCCAGCAGCGCACGUUCUCUGUUCACUCAUCAGCAGCAAUCGCAGCUCAACGAAUCUCAGCACUUUAUUGAUGCGGGCAGCGAGUCGGCGGCUUCAAAUGACAGCCUGCCGCCCAGCAGCAACAGUUGGCACUCCCGCGAGGAGCUGACCCUGCACAUUCCCGUACACGACACCGAAAAGGCCGGACUGGGUGUCAGUGUGAAGGGAAAGACGUGCUCGAAUCUGAACGCUUCCGGAUCGAGUGCCUCCAGCGGCAGCAAUGGACUGAUGAAGCAUGACGGUGACUUGGGUAUAUUCGUGAAGAAUGUAAUUCAUGGCGGUGCUGCAUCCCGCGAUGGUCGCUUGCGGAUGAAUGAUCAACUGCUGAGCGUGAAUGGAGUAUCGCUGCGUGGGCAAAACAAUGCCGAGGCCAUGGAGACACUACGUCGGGCAAUGGUCAACACGCCCGGCAAACAUCCGGGAACCAUAACCCUGCUGGUAGGCCGCAAGAUCUUGCGAUCGGCCAGUUCCAGUGACAUUCUGGACCACAGUAACAGUCACAGUCAUAGCCAUAGCAAUAGUAGCGGUGGCAGCAAUUCAAAUGGUAGCGGCAAUAACAACAAUAGCAGCUCGAAUGCCAGCGAUAAUUCUGGAGCCACGGUCAUAUAUUUGAGUCCGGAGAAGAGGGAGCAGCGCUGCAAUGGCGGCGGAGGUGGUGGCAGUGCUGGCAAUGAGAUGAAUAGAUGGAGCAAUCCCGUUUUGGAUCGCCUAACCGGUGGCAUUUGCUCCUCGAAUUCAGCGCAGCCAUCCUCUCAGCAGUCUCACCAGCAGCAGCCGCAUCCUUCGCAGCAGCAACAGCAGCAACGUCGCCUGCCUGCAGCGCCCGUUUGCAGCAGUGCAGCUCUGAGAAACGAGAGCUACUACAUGGCCACCAAUGACAACUGGUCGCCGGCGCAGAUGCACUUAAUGACUGCUCAUGGCAACACGGCGCUGCUUAUCGAGGACGAUGCCGAGCCGAUGUCUCCAACACUACCGGCACGUCCGCAUGAUGGGCAGCACUGCAACACGAGCAGUGCUAAUCCAUCGCAGAACUUGGCCGUCGGCAAUCAGGGGCCACCCAUAAAUACCGUGCCUGGUACUCCGUCGACAUCCAGCAACUUUGAUGCCACCUACUCCUCGCAACUGAGCUUGGAGACAAACUCGGGCGUGGAGCAUUUCUCGCGCGAUGCUUUGGGACGACGCAGCAUCUCUGAGAAGCACCAUGCGGCGCUGGAUGCCCGCGAAACUGGCACCUAUCAGCGGAAUAAGAAGUUACGCGAGGAGCGCGAACGCGAGCGUCGCAUUCAGCUGACCAAAUCGGCUGUGUAUGGUGGUUCCAUUGAGUCCCUUACGGCUCGCAUAGCCAGUGCUAAUGCCCAGUUUUCGGGAUAUAAACAUGCCAAGACUGCAUCCAGUAUCGAGCAAAGAGAGACGCAGCAGCAAUUGGCCGCUGCGGAGGCGGAGGCAAGGGAUCAGCUGGGCGAUCUGGGUCCAUCGCUGGGCAUGAAGAAGUCCUCGUCGUUGGAGUCGCUCCAGACUAUGGUGCAGGAGCUGCAGAUGUCGGAUGAGCCGCGUGGUCAUCAGGCGUUGCGCGCACCGCGUGGGCGUGGCAGGGAGGACAGUCUGCGGGCGGCGGUGGUCAGCGAACCGGAUGCGAGCAAGCCCCGCAAGACCUGGCUUUUGGAGGAUGGCGAUCACGAGGGUGGUUUUGCCUCGCAGCGCAAUGGACCGUUCCAGAGUUCCCUGAACGAUGGCAAACACGGCUGCAAGUCGUCGCGGGCCAAGAAGCCAAGCAUACUGCGCGGUAUCGGUCACAUGUUCCGCUUUGGCAAGAAUCGCAAGGAUGGCGUGGUGCCAGUGGAUAACUAUGCGGUAAACAUUUCGCCCCCUACAUCGGUGGUUUCCACAGCCACAUCGCCGCAGCUGCAGCAGCAGCAACAGCAGCAGUUGCAGCAACAUCAGCAGCAACAACAGAUACCAACCGCUGCAUUGGCUGCUCUGGAGAGAAAUGGCAAACCGCCGGCGUAUCAGCCACCGCCACCGCUGCCUGCUCCAAAUGGAGUGGGUAGCAAUGGUAUCCAUCAGAACGACAUCUUCAACCAUCGCUAUCAGCAUUAUGCCAACUACGAGGACCUCCACCAGCAGCACCAGCAACACCAGAUUAGUGGAGGCGAUUCCACCACAUCGAUUUCGGAAACGCUUUCGGAGUCAACACUCGAGUGCAUGCGACAGCAGGUCAUCCGUCAGCGCAUCAAGGUCGAGGCGGAAAGUCGCCGCCAUCAGCAUUACCAUUCGCAGCGCAGUGCCCGCUCGCAGGAUGUGAGCAUGCACUCGACGAGCUCCGGAUCCCAGCCAGGAUCCCUGGCUCAGCCGCAAGCGCAAUCAAACGGCGUUCGUCCCAUGAGCAGUUACUACGAGUACGAGACGGUUCAACAGCAACGGGUGGGCAGCAUCAAGCAUAGCCACAGCAGCAGCGCCACGUCGUCCUCCUCGUCGCCCAUCAAUGUGCCGCAUUGGAAGGCGGCAGCCAUGAAUGGCUACUCGCCAGCCAGCCUGAAUAGCAGUGCCCGGAGUCGAGGUCCGUUUGUGACGCAGGUGACCAUACGGGAGCAGAGCAGUGGCGGCAUACCCGCCCACCUGCUGCAGCAACAUCAGCAGCAGCAACUCCAGCAGCAGCAGCCCACCUACCAGACUGUUCAGAAGAUGUCAGGACCAUCGCAAUAUGGUAGUGCCGCCGGUUCCCAGCCACACGCCUCCAAGGUGUGACUAUAGGUGUUGGCGCAAGCGCGCGCCACUCGCGAUGUGCUGGCCGAAAAUCGGGUCGUUCUCAGCGAGGUCAACGAGGAGGUGGAAGUAUUCUACUUCGCCACCGAGUGCUGAACACAUUGCAUAAUCGAGGGAAUUAUUUGUUUAAGUUAGAUAAAGUGUAAUUUGCACUAAACCACAUGCAUAAGGGGUGGGUUGGUUAAUGUAAUCUUGUCUAUUCAACAUGCAAUUAAUAUGAGACAAGAGGAAAUUUAUUUUAUAUUAUGAGGUUUAAAUUUGAUUUGUAACUAGCUCCAAGCCAAGGAAUGGUUGCUAUAUAAUUUAAAUUCUAUCCUGAUUAAACAAUAUAUGUAUAUAUAUAUAUAUAUAUUUAUCCGUGAUAUAUGAUUAAGCAAACAAAACCUAGACGUUUUCUUGCUAAGCGGAAAGAACCAGGAUAAUAUUUACAUUAGUAUUCCAUCAUAAUUUCAUGGUCCAAGUGGAAAGGAUAAACUUGAUUUUAUAUUUGUAAAUUGCUAAGAAUACUACUUGGUUUCAUUGGAUUUCCAACCUAUUGACCCACCCUGACACACGUCUAUAUUAAGUUCACAAUUCACAAUAUAUAAACUAAAAAAUUGCAUAUUUGGCGAAACAGAAACCAAGAGAGUAACGAUUAAGGAAAGUAUUCCCGUAAAGCGCUAUCAAUUUGUCGAGUGCUUAGAUUUAAUUUAAAUGAUCGUAUUAAGCUUUAGCUCUAAGUCCAAGUCAAACGCCUUUGUACAUAACUAGUUUACCCAAAAGCCAACAAGAAAACAGAACAACAUCAAAUCCCAAAAGUUUUGGACCUACACUGCGAAAGGUCUUAACAAUUUCCAUUGUCAUUUAUGUAAGAUUGUUUAUUAUUAUUGUUUAUUAUUAAUUUAAUUAUUAGUUUAAUUCU